GCCAAGUAAGACCGGCGGCGAGGAGGAAGAGCCCCCCAACGCCGGACCAAUAGGGGGGUUGAAGGCGAGCGGGUGUGGCAGCGAGAUAGCGCGAGGGAGAGAGAAGAGGGCGCGAGAGCGAGCGGGCGAAGCACCAGGAGAAAGCUCCGUCGCCGCGUAUGCAUGUAGUCCCGGGCUCGCGUCUUCUGUAGCUCCCCCCAUCACGGCCACCCGCUUCGUGACAGCUUCACUCGGCUACGUGACAUGCCGCCGCCCGUAGUGCCGAGGUCCGGAGAGAUGCCCAAGACCGCGCCCGAGAAGCCGCCGCCGCCGCCGCCGCAGCAGCAGAAGCGCCAGCGGCCUGGCAACGCCUGCGAGGCCUGCCGCCGCCGCAAACUGCGGUGCGACCGCGGCCAGCCCCAGUGCAGCGCUUGCAAGGCCGCCGGCGCCGUCUGCCAGGUCCAGGCGUCUCGCCGCCCUGGAGGCCCCCGGAGGGGCUAUCUCAAGACCCUGCAAGCGCGCAUCUCCGCCCUCGAAGGCUCCGUUCUCGAGCACCAGCACCAGCAACACCCGCACCCGCAGUUCCCCCCGGCCAUGGCGCUGUCCCCUGCCCUGACCUCGCCCGACAUGACGGACGUGGAUCCGAUCCAGCUGUCCUGGGACUUCGGCGACGGCGGCCUCGAAGACCCGGGCUCGGUCCUCGACCUGUCGAUGACGCCGCCCGGCGACGGCGACCCGAUGGUGAUCCCGCCGGGCGACCUCAAGCCGGGCCCCUACCCCGAUAUGACUCAGCUGAUGCACGCCCCGGUUGCUGUGCCGGCCGACGAGUUCCCCAUAUCGAGCCUGAUGCAGGCAGACCUCGACCAGCUCUACUUCGACCGCAUCCACCACCUGGUCCCCAUCAUCCACCGGCGGCGGUGCCUCGCGUGGCGGCGGCGCCCCGACCGGCGGCCGGCGCACGUGGCGCUGCAGUACGCCGUGUGGACGCUCGCGGCGGCCGGGUCGGCCAACUACCACGGGCUGCUGGGGGCGCUGUACCGGCGGGCGCGGGCGGCGCUCGAGGGCGGCGCCGCCGACCUCGACCCGCGCGACGCCGAGCUCGCGUCGUCCGCCGACGUCGAGCAGGCCCAGGCCUGGCUGCUGCUCGCCGUCCACGAGUUCAUGUGCGUCGGCUUCCGCCGCGCGUGCCUCACCGCCGGCCGCGCCCUCACCCUCGUCCGCGUCAACUGCCCGCAGUGGCUGCUGCUGCGCCGCGACGGCGGUGGCGGCGGCAGCAGCGACGCCGCUGCCCCCGCCGACGACGACGACCCCCCCGACGACCCCGUCGACGCCGAGCAGAAGCGCCGCGUCUUCUGGCUCGCCUUCUGCCUCGACCGCCUCAUCAGCCUGCGCACCGGCGCCGCGCCCACCUUCAGCGAGCAGCUCGCCGCGCGCGUGCGGCUGCCGGCGCCCGAGGCCGACUUCCAGAGCGCGCCGCCGCUGCCGCAGCAGCCAGGGUCUUCGUCGUCGGCGGCGGCGGCGCCGGGCCUCCUCCUCGCCGAGGCCAUCUCGCCCGCCCCCGCCGACUACGGCACCGGCCGCGUCGCGACGCCGGCGUUCGGGCUCUUCGUCGAGUGCAUCGUGGCGGCGGCGGUGGGCGGCCGCGUGGUGCUGCACCGGCAGCAGGAGGGCGGCGGCUCGUCCGACUUCUGGGCCCGGCACGCGGCGCUCGACGCGCUCGCCGCCCGCCGCAUGGACGUCUUCUCGCGCAACUACGCGCUGCGCCUCGACGGCGGCGUCGGCGACGACGACGACCCGUGCCCCAUGCAGCUCUUCGUCGCCACGCUGUGGCGCGCCGUGCUGCUCUGCCUGCACCAGCCGACUUACGGCGGCGCUACGCCCUCCUCCUUCGCCUCCUUGUCCUCGCCCUCCCCCCCCACGGCCUCUGCCGCCGCCGCCGCCGCCGCCGCCGCCCCGCUGGACGACCAGCACGCCAACGCCAAGGAUUUCUACGUGAGACGCCUAGCGCUCGCUAGCCACGACAUCGUUCGACUGGCCGGCAAAAUGGCGGGGCUUAAUUGCUGGAAGCUGCACCCUCUCCUACCCAUACCGUUGUCCGUCUGCGGUGAAAUCCUCGGUGCGAACCGCGAGCUUGGCGAGACCUACUCUCGGCAACUCGAGAAUAUCGCAGAGGUCAUGCCGGGACUAAGAUGCUCUAGGCUCGAGAUGCAUCCGAGAUAGAUCAAAAGUUGUUGCCUCCCCAGACGGCCCAAGGCGCAUCGGCUCUAGCGCUGGGCAGGGGGGGCCGCUGUCCUUCUUCUUGUUUCCUGGGAGGUAUAUGUAAGUGGAUAACGGAUUAGUUCAAUAUUCCAAGACUGUUGCGACCAAUAUAGGUAGUGCGCUCGAUUGUCCCACCCCUGACCCCUGUCCAUAUACCCCCGGCCUAUUAUUUUCCUCUUCGUCUCCCUCGCUGGCAUCUCCCCAGUCGUCGAUUCCCGUCAAAUCACAUGGCAUCAAACGGGCAGGUCGCGCGCACGGGAGUAUUGCUACUGCCCACGGACACCGUGGGGACGGGAAGAGGGGAGGAAGUUUGGUUUUGUAUCUCUACCCUGCCUCUUGGGGCCCGUGGGGAACGACGGCGUCGCUCUAUUUAGAAACAGACACCGAUGGAGCAACUGACUACCUGGCU